CCCCCCCAUAACUCUACUUCAUGCCAGAAAGUUGCAACUCUCGCUCCUUCUCAUGGCUAAUGAAAUCUUGCUUCCCAAACCCGCAAGACCCCAGCUCCAACCCUCUAUCUCCAAACCCAAUCAUCACAGUCGCCACCACCACUUUUUCUUCUCUUCCAGACGAUCUUCUCUUAGAAUGCCUCUCUAGAGUCCCUUCCUCUUCCCUCCCUUCCGUUUCCCACGUUUGCCGCCGCUGGUCUCUCCUCCUCCACUCUCCUUCCUUCCUCUACCUCCGCCGUCUCAACCACUCCAUCCAUCCCACCAUCUUCACCCUCUCUGCCCCCUUUGUCGCCUCCCUCCGCCUCCAAAAUGGCAACGAUGCCAAUACCAAUGACCCUUUGUGGAAAGUUGCUUCGUGUCUUCCUUUCCCUCUGGCCUCGUUGGAUAGCUUUUCUCACGCGCGUUUGUCUGUAAUUGGACCCAGAAUCUACAUCAUUGGGCGAAACGAAAUGUUUUGUUAUGAUGUCUGGAGUGGCAUAAUUACUUCAAGAUGUUCAAUGAUUUUUCCGAGAAAGAAAUUUGCUACUGCAGUGCUUUCGGGUAAAAUUUAUGUCGCAGGAGGUGGGUCACGAGCUGGGGCAACAUUGGAGGAGUACGACCCAGACACUGAUACUUGGCGCGUGGUUUCAAACGCGUUGAGGAGGCGAUAUGGUUGCCUUGGGGCGGCUGUUGAUGGUGUGUUUUAUGUGAUUGGGGGACUUAAAAUUGGUGGCGCCUUGGGUAAUGAAAUCACACGCGCCGCUACAGCAGGGACAGAGGCUUAUAUGUAUGCCAGCUCGAUGGAUUUGUUUGAUGUGGAGGCGCGUGCGUGGUUAAGGAGUAGAGCAGUUCCUGGUGGCGGGUGUGUAGUGGCUGCAUGUGCUCUGGCGGGCUACGUCUACAUUUUAGCUAGCCACGCGGUGGAGCUAUCAUUUUGGAGCUUUGAUGCCCGUAGGCAUGGCGGUGGAGGUGGCAGCAAUGGCAGUGGGUUUGGAAAGUGGUGCAGGAUAAAGAGUCCACCAUUGCCAGCUCAAGUUAGACUAGACAGUACAGUGAGGUUUAGCUGUGUAGGAGUUGAAAACAAGAUGGUGUUAAUUCAAGUUAGGGGGUGCAUUGAUGAUUUGUUAAGGAGGAGUGGAAGGAGUGUUAGGGGAUUAAAAGAGGGAUUGGUCUUGAUUUAUGAUUGUAUCAGUGGAGAAUGGAGUAGAGGGCCUGAUUUGCCGGAGGUGAUUCGACGCGGCGCCUGUGUGACUGUGGAAUGCUAGAGGGAGUAAAAUUUAUGCUAAGUUUAUAGCCAUUUAUAAUGGUGGUGCAUAUGAGGCAAGGUAGCGUUAUCGGGGCGACCUUAAGCAUGUCGUUUAGAUAGCAGACAAAAUCAUGGGUGUUCGUGACAUGUUUUAAUUACACUAUUUACAAUAAAGAAAAAGUGGCGUGGAUUGAGUUU